AUGUUGUUGGUACUCACUUUUUUGUUUGCACUCACUAUUGCAGCACCAACUUUGAGCAAAAACAAUUCAAACAGCUCAAAUAGUUCAAAUAGUUCAAAUAGUUCAAACACCUCCAAAGUCCGUCGACAAGAUAUACAGCCAAUUGAUCGAGUUGAUGUGUUCUAUGGCACAGAAGGCGGUGGUAAUAUGUUUCCUGGAGUAACUAGACCGUUUGGUAUGGUGAAAUUGGGUGUCGAUGCCAUUGAUGCAAAUUUCGGAAAUGCAUACUCAGGUUAUGCACCCGGUGGUGUGAUUAACGGAAUCUCAAUGCUCCAUGAAAGCGGCACUGGCGGUGCACCAGAGUAUGGUGUCGUAGCACAAUUACCAUUUACGGGUGAUUUCCAAUCACAGCUCAAUUUGACCAGAAGUCAACCUGACUCGGCAAAAGUUGGCGAGUACCACGUGUACACUGAAAAUGUCAAUAUUUCAAUUGCUGCUGGUGAUCGUUUUGGAAUAUUGAAAUACGACUUUAAGCAAGAUAACACCAGCAAUGGUAACAAUAAAAUAUUGAUCGAUGUUGCACACCACCUCUCAGCUCCACAAAGACCAUGGUGGUCUCAACGAGAAGUUAAUGGUUCAAUUGAUGCAACCUCGUCCCUGGAAUACUCAGGGUAUACCACUAUAGAGAAUGGAUGGGGCCUCCAACAAGCAUGGACAAUAUAUUUUUGCGGAAAGUUUAGUGAAGAUGCAGCAGCUAUUAAUUCAUUUCAGGGAAAAAACAGUACCAGUAAUGGUGCCACUUCAAUAAGUUCAUCAACACAGGAUGACUCAUUUGGCUUGAUAUUUGAGUUUAGCAACUUAUCACAAGUGCAAAGUCAUAUGGGAGUCUCCUUUAUAUCUAAGGAACAAGCCUGUGCUAAUAUUGAUUACACAAAGGAUUUUGACAAUCUUGUACAGGAUACAAGACAAGCAUGGUCAAGGGAAGUUUUUGACAAGUUUCAAGUUGAAGUUGCAGUUGGCGGUGGCAACGGAGGCAACAACAACAACAACAACAACGACUCAGUAAUCAACCAAUUUUACACUGCAUUAUAUGGCGCUCAUUUGAUUCCGUCAAAUAGAACCGGAGAAAAUCCUAACCCCGGCUGGACUUCUCAACAAGUUUACUAUGAUGACUUUUUCACCAUUUGGGACACUUUCCGUUGUCUCAACCCAUUACUCAACAUUAUAAACCCCACAAGAGGCUCGGAAAUUGUGCAAUCCUUGACAAACAUUUACUUAAAUGAAGGCUGGACUCCAGACGGUAGAUCUGCUAAUCAAAAUGGUCGAACUCAAGGAGGUUCAAACUCAGAUAUAGUAAUGGCUGAUGCGUUUGUGAAAAACAUUCAAGGAAUCGAUUGGACUUCUUCAUAUGCGGCAAUGAAAAAGAAUGCUGAAGUGCAACCUCCAUAUUGGUACGAUUCGUUUGCACCAGAUGCAUCAACAAAACAAGGGCGCGGCGCCCUUCCAGACUGGUUGAAAUAUGGAUAUAUUACAAGAAACUAUACCAGAAGUGUUAGUAGAACCUUGGAAUAUGCAUAUGAUGACUUUGCACUAUCUCAAGUAGCAGCUGGGCUAGAUAAUGAAGAAGAUCACAACAAAUAUCUUCAACGUGGUUCAAACUGGAGAAAUAUAUGGAAUAAAGAUGCUACAGCUUCCUCAACAGCAAAGUAUUCGUAUAAAGGAUUUGUCCAGCCUAGGAAUGCAGAUGGCAGUUUUAAUUUCACCCACUAUGAUCCAUUCAGUUGCUUUGGAUGUUAUUGGGGCGACGACGAGUAUGAGGGAAAGCCGGUUGAGUAUGGGUUUGCUGUGCCACACGAUAUAAAAGGUUUAAUUGAACUCAUUGGAGAUAACCAAACUUUCAUUACUAGAAUCAAUGAUCUUUAUCCUCUCCACGGAGAGAAAAUUGCUGAUGUUGGGAAUGAACCUAGUUUCUUGACCCCGUUUCUUUUCAAUUUUGUGCAAGAGCAAUGGAGAACUGUUGAGCUUACAAGAUAUAUAAUGCAGAACGACUUUGCCAAAAAUUUACCGGGAAACAGUGAUGGCGGUGCAUUACAAGGAUGGAUGAUUUUCAACAUGCUUGGAUUCUAUCCGAUUGCCGGAACAACCACCUACUUAAUUUCAUCUCCAUUCUUUAGUAGUUUGAAAUUGCAAUUGGAAAAUGGUGCAACUUUCGAGAUUAGAGCGCCUAAUCUUUCCGACGAAAACAUUUACGUGCAAAGCUUGAAAAUAAACGGUCAAGAAUGGAACAAAAAUUGGGUUGAUCACCAAACAUUAUUUGGUGCACAAGGAGGUUUAAUUGAAUUUGAUUUGGGUGCAGACCAAGUGGUGUGGGAAACGGGCGAAGUUCCACCAAGUCCGGGAUAUAUAAGUUUUUGA